CAUACAUGCUAUAUUGUUAGUUUGGUCUGAGUGUUGCGGUACACGGAGGUCGUUGUUGUUAAACAUUUACUACCGUAAGAACUGAUAUCACGACUGACUGGACCAAUGGACCUGAAAUUAGUCCUAUUCACUACCAUUAUUUUAUCAUACAAAGUGAGGACAGGGGUUUCACGAUCGAUCCAGAAGAGGAGUCUGUUCCAACUUUGUGAUUUGAUAUAUUACCAUUCUCAACAGUCAUGUCUUGUCGUCAAUGAUUAUGGAUGCUUUUGUGGUCUUGGACAACACGGACAUAACCCUCUUGAUAACAUCGAUAGGUGUUGUUAUGAACAUGAUAUCUGCUACGGUAACCUAAACAGAUGUCAUUGGUACCUUCCUCAGCUGACUCACUAUUGGUAUACCUGUGAUGAUAGGACGGUUAUUUGCAUGUGCACAGGUAACUGGUACUGCCAACAAGAUGUUUGUGAAUGUGAUUUAAAAUUUGCUCAGUGUUUAAAAGAUGCUCUCCGUGACACAGAAUACAACUCAACCUAUAAAAACUAUGAUUUGUCGCUCUGUUUAUGACAGGAAUCACGCAAAUUAACUCCAAAUAUCUCAGUUUCAUUGUUAGUGUGGCUAGGAGGAAUGGUGAACAUUUACAUAAAACAUGAUGGUUUCACAUCCUUUGAAAAUAUGAUUGUGAAUAUUCUAUGAGAUAGUCAUACAAUCCAUGAUAUCGGCAUCUAACAGCCAAUAACACAAUCCCAAUGACUUUACGUUUCUACAUUUAUAUUUCCAGAUGAAGCAUUGUCUUGUUGAGUCUCGAACAGUUAUAGGAUGUAUGUGUAAGAACAAGGACAACGAUCAAAUGCUGUUCUCGAAAAAUACAUUCAAUCUGACAAAUUUUGAAGGAGUUCCAGCUAUAAAAUAUAUAUUUAUUUUAAAUAUAUUUCAAUUUAGUAAUCAAUUAAAUUAUAUUGAUACGGAAUACCAUAAAAUCGAUUAGUUAUGUAUUUUUCUUUUAUUUCAUCAUACUGGAUAUAGGUUGAGUCAAAUAACUAUGAACGUAAAAAACUUGAAUUUCGGAAGUGUAACAAACAGUUUCAGCAAAAAAUAUUUUAAAAGCUCAAAGAGCAGUGUCAUUUUGUUUGCUGGGAAUAUUUCAAAAAUGCUGCAACAUCCUCAAACUCCCAGGGAUCAACAUCACUCACGAUCACUUCUUCAUCUCUGGUGUAAAAAGAAGAUCAUCGUAUUGAACAACAUCCUUAGCAAGCGAAAAUGUGUUGCCUGAGGCAAGAGAGAUUUUCUUUGAUGUUCAUUAUAGAAAGUAAAACGAAGAGAUAUUUUUUAUGCGUUAAAGUGCAAUAUUUACAAUUUGGAAAUAUCACAACAAGUAUUGUGUUUGGAUGCUGUAAGAUGUCUCAAAUCAGUGUUUGUGGUGUGUUGUCAGAAAAAUGGACAGACGGACGGUUGGAGAGGUAGUUGUGCAUACAAACAGAAAACUUUGUGGUGCACCCUGUAAAACCGUGUAUGUGAGGAUAUUAAUCCAAAUAAAUAUACGAGGUGCACCCCGUAUCACCUUUGUCAAUAAGAAAAAAAUGCACCACGUCAAUGUGUGGAACAAAUAUCAAAAUAUAUCACAUGCACGAAUAAUGCUUCCAAUAAAUGAUAAUUGACAAAACAG